CUAGUGGGUCUAGAUGACCCAACUCCCAAAGUUAAAGUGCCUAGGAUAGCACAAGGGAUAAAUAGAAAAAAAUGGCUUUUCCUCCGAAAAUUGUAAAGCAAAAGACUCAUUUUCACUUCGACUUAAAAUAUAGUUAAAACAAGUCCUUUGAGUUUACCUUUUAAAUGCUAUACGGUGUAAUUUAGAUGUAUUUUAAUUGCUAUUUAUAGGAUUGACUGGCUUUAGAGUCCUCAUCAGUAACUAUCUGAAAAUCUUUCUUCAACUAUAACUAAUGACGAAAAAAAAUGGUAAGGGUUCAAUAAAAUCUUCCAAAACUCCUUAAAACUCUAUGCACUUCUGCUUUUCUCCUCACUGAAACCUGAUUCAGGAAACUAAAAACGACUUCUAGAUUAUUAUUUUUUCGGAGUCGUUUCUGUUCGGGAAGAAAAUCUAUUUGAAUUGAAAUCAAUCUCCUCCCCUUUCCCUCCAUCCCAGAAUACAAUAACUGGAUAAGCAGGAAGCUAAGAUGCCCAAAAGUGACACCUGGCCAGGUGAGUGGGGUCCGGACACAAUGAGGGCCUCAGACAGCGCUGGCAGCUACAGCGUCCUCAGUGGGAACUCUGGCCUUAGUAGUCUGGAGCAUCUGUCUGCUGAGGAAAAGGCCUGUCUCAUGUUUCUGGAGGAGACCAUUGAGUCUUUGGACACAGAGGACGACGGCAGACUGUCCAGCGAGGAACCCGACCCGCAUCCUGGAAACCCGGCCAAGAAACUGCCGGACCCGUCAGGUGCUCAGAAACUCGUCUCUGAGGACAAGAUGGGCGUCGGCAGAAAACCCACCAAGAACAUCAUGGUUCCUACUCCUUUCAUGGUGGCAGGCGGCGGCGGAGGUCCCGGUUCUGAAGACGCUGAGCCGACAGGAAAACCCGCGUGUCUGUCUCGAUCUGAAAGUGACAGAGGGAAAUGUUCUGUGGUCCAGUGGGAGGAGACAGCGGCCCCCUCAAAGCCUGGAGACGGCUCUUCCAGGACGGCUGACGUAGGCAGAGGACCUCUGUCCUACGACGCACUCGUCCAUCUACGCAGGAACGCCUCCACCAAAAAGACCCCCCUGUGCCCCGAGGUGGAUCACACGAUAGACUCGGAACGCCGCUGUCCCUCCCUAGCAGAGGGUCCGGUCCUCAGGAAGCAGCAGAGAUCUGACAAGUCCCAUCCGGGCCCUCCGGCUGUGGCCCCCAAACCCAAAAAGAUUCCCGCACACAUUUCUCUAAAAACCCAAACCGAGGAAUCCAGCAGUGUCCAGAAUGCAGCAGAUCCUCAGAUGGUCCGGCUGGAAGCUUUGCAGAAACUCGGCCUCCUUAAGGAUCAAGGACAGGAGGGUGGAGCAGGGGGGGUCCUGCCUGCCCCCAAACAUCAGCCCACCCCGGAUCCGGCAUUUAGGGGGUCAUCAGGAGAUUCAUCGGUUUGCUCCUCCCAGCUUCCCAAAGGACCCAAGACUGAGGCUCUGCAGCCAGAGAAAGCUGCUGCUGUGGAGGACUUCACAAACAAACACAACCACAACGCACACCGCCCCAAACCACGACACAAAGCGGCCGGCGCGGCGCCGCGCGCAGCUCCAAAACCCCCAGACUCCGUGGGAUACACCGUCAUGGUGGUGCCCGGGAUGGGAGCCGAACGCCAGGAGGCGCUCAGGAAGCUGGGUCUGCUGAAAAACUGAAGCCGGCGCGCCGCAGCCUUCUGUUCCAAAACCCAUGAAGAAGAGAAGCCCUUCAGGCUUUAGAGCACUAAUGAGGAUUUAUAGCUUCAAAUAUUUAUUUUUAUGACUUUUCAUUUGUUCAUCUGCAUGUAAACAGCAUUUAAGUCCAUGUUGGAUGUAAUCCCUCAGGACAGGAGGCUGAUGUCUUAAAAUCUGGAUGUGCCCACACUGACACAAAUAUUGUGAAAUCACUUAUGUGCCUGUAAGACGAAACACUGGGUCAAAAAUAAACUGAAAGUGAAGUUUGA